AUGGACGUAAGUAUACCACCUAACAAUUGGCACAACUCCAGCUCAUACGAAACGCAGUUCAAUAAUUCGGGCGGCUUCCCAUCCCGGCGGUCAUACCCCAACCUCAAUCACGUCUCCCUCGCACCACUAACACCCCGAUUUCCAAUCGACGACGACACCGAACCAACAGACUACUUCAGCCCCCGAGACACAGGAGAAAACACAGGCACCAGAACUCCACCACGAACAUCAUAUUUCUCCAGUGUCUCCGUUCCAAGUACACCACCCAUCCUCUCGCAUUCGCGAAGUACAUCCCGCGCGCGACACACCCGCAGCAAGAGUUCAAGCCGCGCGACCACAUUCAGCGAUACAAAUCUGACGAGCCGAGAUGUCUCGGUUCCGCUGCACCACGCGUACAAGAAACGGCCCAGCUCGACGCAGCGUCGCCUCGGUCACAGUCACGGUGAAGGACAUGCGACCAAGUCGGACGCUGAAUGGAUGCUUCGAGCUGGAAUAGCCCUCGCCUCCUCGACCCGCGAAGAAAAGGGCCAAAGCUGGCUAUCUAAGCGCGAGAGCUCAACAAGUCUCGUCUCGGAAUCCUUUGACAAUGCACCCCAUCGACACCACCACCGGACGAAAUCGGGUUCGUCGCGCAAGUCUCGAUCCAGCGCUUCGACGCCCGCUGCGCUCUCGCGGCGGAGCUCGAGAUCUAGGGGUGGGAGUCGCCGUGGAAGUCGUGCGGGAUUGGCGAUGACUACGCUACCUCUCUCUUCUAUAUCGUCCGGGGCCGGUAAGUUAUCCAGUCCGGCUGGAACGGCGAGUCCUGAGGUCCGUGGCCGGAGUUCUGGCGUCGAGCCGGAUUUCGUCGAUGAGCGGAUUCGCGCGGAGAUGGCUUCGUUGCAGGAACGCGGGUUCACAGAUGAUGAGUCGGAGUUCUGGGAUGAAGAUGAAGAGUCUGAGUGUGAUUACUCUACUGAUGAGGCGCCGGAUGAAUUCGAUGAGGCGGAUUUGCAGCGUCUUACCCGGGAACGUGGGUUUGGGCUGGGGAGCUGGAUUGAUCGAUUAGUUGAGUGGACGCUUUUUGGCGUUGAGGAGUGGCCGGCCCCUGCGCCGACGGCUGCUACAAGAAUUGGGACUACCCUUACUACUACCACUGUUACCUUUGAAGAGCCGCUGGCUAUUCGAGAAGGGAGUGAGGGGGUGCAGGCGCGUGAUAGUCUGUCUGUUGCUUCUGCGGAGAGAGAUCAGGAUUCUGAUUUUGAGACUCUCGAGCUUGAAAAUGAUGAGUCCGUUGUCGGUGUUGAGAAGCCGGGCUCGCGUGGUGGGUGGGAAGAUGCGAGUUGGUUGUUCCGGGUCGUGAAGCGGGCCAUAAUAUGA